UGGCGGAGGUUGUUCCGCCCGCAGUAAAGAUGGCCGGUGCGGGUCAGCCGCUUCCGGUCUGGGUCUGGGAAGUUCCCAUGAGGGCAGAGAUGAGAGGGAAGUGCGGAGACACCGGCUGAGGGGCACCGAGAGCGCGAGAGACAGACGCAGAGCAUGGAGAAUGAUGAACUUUCGACAGAGGAUGGGAUGGAUUGGAGUCGGCCUCUACCUCCUCGCCAGCGCUGCCGCCUUCUACUACGUCUUUGAGAUCAACGACACGUACAACAGGCUGGCCCUGGAGCACGUCCAGGUGAAGCCGCAGCGCCAGGAGAUCGGCGAGGCCUCGUGGACGCACUCCCUAAUGACGCGGCUCCUCUCUCUGCCCUUCUGGCUCUGGGCCGCCUUCUUCCUGCUGCCCUACUUCCAGGUGUUCCUCUUCCUUUAUUCCUGCACCAGGGCCGACCCCCGCACCGUGGGCUACUGUAUAAUUCCCAUAUGCCUGGCUGUGCUCUGCAAUCGUCACCAGUCCUUCACCAAAGCCUCCAAUCGGAUUAGCAGACUUCAGCUGAUUGACACUUAGACCCCUCCCCCCAGACUGCACCUGCGGAUGGAGGAAAUUUACAAAUCUGGGAGAGGGGUGGGCCGAAGGACCUAUUUUAAUAUCUAUUUUUUUUUUUAAGGUUCACAGGGAAUCCUUUUUUUUGCACUCUUACCUACACAGGCGGCUGCCCCUCCUUGUUGAGCCUCGCGCCAGGCGGUGGCCCCUCCUUGUUGAGCCUUGCGCCAGGCGGUGGCCCCUCCUUGUUGAGCCUUGCGCCAGGCGGCGGCCCCUCCUUGUUGAGCCUCGCGCCAGGCGGCGGCCUUCCUUUGGUGAGCCUCGCGCCAGGCGGCGGCCCUCCUUUGGUGAGCCUCGCGCCAGGCGGCGGCCCUCCUUUGGUGAGCCUCGCGCCCCAGGCGGCGGCCCUCCUUGGUGAGCCUCGCGCCCCAGGGGGCGGCCCUCCUUGGUGAGCCUCGCGCCCCAGGCGGCGGCCCUCCUUGGUGAGCCUCGCGCCCCAGGCGGCGGCCCUCCUUGGUGAGCCUCGCGCCCCAGGCGGCGGCCCUCCUUGGUGAGCCUCGCGCCCCAGGCGGCGGCCCUCCUUGGUGAGCCUCGCGCCCCAGGCGGCGGCCCUCCUUGGUGAGCCUCGCGCCCCAGGCGGCGGCCCUCCUUGGUGAGCCUCGCGCCCCAGGCGGCGGCCCUCCUUGGUGUGCCUCGCGCCCCAGGCGGCGGCCCUCCUUGGUG